AUGUCUUCGUGCGAGGACAAGGACUCUGCUGCCACGCGGGCCGCGGCGAAGACGGACGUGGAGCUGCUAAAGCGAUUUUGGCGCAACAAGAAGGUCGCGCUGGAGAUCCUCCACUUCGACUCCGCACACGUCUCCCGUGCCCUAUGGCCAUUGGAGGAGACGUUCGAUUACUUCAUGGAUAACGGCAUCGACGACCUGAUGGUCUCGUUGUACCGGAUGGAGCUCGACCGCACGCUCUUCAUGUUGUGCUCCUACCUAUUCCUCCACCUGCAAAAGAUUGAGAAGUACAUGGCGCACAUAUCCAAUUCUGUCGACCUCUUGAGCCGGUUGACGCAGCAGCAGGAGCGAUUCGCCAAGAGGUAUCUCUCAAAUUGA